UCUCACCUCAGCUCCGCCAGCGACCCUCAGGCCUCUCGUCAUGUCGAUCAAGGUGCAGGUAGUGCUGGCUCUGGCGGCGUGCGUGGCGGCGGCGGCUGGAGGGCUCGUGCCCGCAGCUCCACUCGUGGCCAAGGCGGCCGUCGUGGACACCCAGUUCGACCCCCUGCCGCAGUACAGCUUCGCCUACAACAUCCAGGACACGCUGACCGGCGACUCCAAGUCGCAGCAGGAGAGCCGCAACGGCGACGUGGUGCAGGGCAGCUACAGCCUGGUCGAACCCGACGGCAACGUGCGCACCGUGCUCUACUCGGCGGACCCCGUCAACGGCUUCAACGCCGUCGUGCAGCGCGGUCCGCUCGUCCACAAGGCCGCCAUCGCGCACGUCUAGCGCACCUGCCCUUCGAUCGCCGUGGCUUCUGACUUGCUGGAAGUAGUCCAACUGCAGGACAGAACACACUCCUACACUUUCCUCUACAUUUCCUUAUAAAAUGAGUACGACUUUACAUAAAAAGUAACCUUCGUCUCGAAUAACAGCACUGCUUACGCAGCCAUUAACCUUGCGGAUAUUCCCCUACGACGUUCCAAAUUAUGAGAAAACAAAUUUCGUCAAUAUACUGUUAAAGGUGUACAUCAUUUUUUAUCGAAAUGCUCCGAACUGGGCUAGAUAUUAAAAGUUGAAAAAAGUUCAGUUUACACGGCCACUUUUCUGUUUUAAAGGAACUCAGUCUUUGAGCCUUUUCGUAACAACUUUAUCGUGCGUUUAUUGCCUUAUGUCCGCUUCGCAAAAGGAGUAAUAAUGUAUUAGAAACCUGCACAAACAUCUAAAUUACCAUUGAUCAAUAAUACCUCAAAUAACUUUCGUAUCUUAUUAAACUAUCUCAUUUCGGUUAUUAAAAUACCUUUGUCUGCAUGUAAGUUCGCAAUACUCCCCACAUUUCCACUCUUUUGGCCUUAUCUUAAGUGAUUUCAUACUUCAGCUCUAAAAAAUAGGACACUAGUCAUUUUUCAAUUGUUGGUAAAUGUAUUUCCUGUAAGGUAUUAAACGUACUUAAGAGAAAUUAUCUUCUUCGACACUGUUCUAACCGGGAAGGAAAAUCCGUGCAAUAUCUGCAGUGACAUGCUUUAAGGCUAUUGUAAAUUACGAAAUUUUUGUGCUUCAUUUGAUCUCAAACUUUUUUCGUGAACUUAAACACUGACUAACCAUGAUCCGACAAGCUAUGCUCAAAUUUUCGGAAAAUGGUAUGAUGAAGACUAGGUACAAUUGUGCUAAUGGUUUAUGAAAUUAUAAACUAAGAGUAUAUCAUACGUUUAUUUGGCCAAUUUGAUAGUUCUGGUGACGUAAGGCUGUGGGACCGGUGAGAUGAAUACCGAAAUAAGGCGUCCUUCCCCAAUACUCGUACUUCAAGAUCUUUCGAUAUGAAUGAAAGUCGGUAACAGCUUGUCGAACUCUCUCCUUUAACGUCUGUAAGUGAGAUUAACUGGUGUUCUAUCUUGCAUGUGGUUUACGUCCUGAAUUUUUGAUAAAGCUAUG